AUGCAUGACAUGGUUGCUUGUAUAAGAAAGAUUAACCACCAACGUUACAAUCCUAGAAUGAUUAAAUGCCGAGACUAUAAGAACUACGACCAUAAUGAGCUUUGUGCAGAUAUGAUCAACAUAGACUGGCAACCUUUAUAUGAAAUUCUUGACGUAAAUAAAGCACUGGAUUACUUAAAUAAUAUUCUUGGAGAGACGUUUAGUAAACAUGCUCCUUUAAUAGAGAAACGGGUAAAGGGAAGAAAAUGUGAAUGGUUAACAAGUGAAUUGAAACGCUUGUUGAGUGAGCGUGACAAACUACUACGAAAAGCCCGUCGAACAAAAGAUCCAGCAGACUGGAGAGCUUACAAAACGUCACGCAACAAGUGUACAAACGAAGUCCGACAUGCCAAGGCGAAAUAUCAUCGUAAUCUGUUAAAUGAGAAAAGUGGUGAACCAAAAAGUUCUAGAACUGCAUUAAGAAUAUAUUUCCAAACAAGUCAUCCAAGUCAAUGUUGUCAUCUUUGUCACGGGAUGAUUCUAAAGUUCGUGCAAAUAGCUUUAGUAACUAUUUUAAAAACGUUAUUUCUUCGCUGAAGACGAAAGCAAUUCCACUCGUUCAUUUUGCGUGGAGAUACAUUAAGCCACCCUCUGUUAAGACAGAUAAGAGAUUUCUCUUCAAAUGCGUAUCGAAGGCACAGAUUGAGCAAGACCUUCGAUCACUGCAGCGCACCAAAGCUACCGGUAUUGAUGAACUGCCACCUGGAAUGCUGAAAGACUGUGCGAAGUACAUUUCCGGUCCUCUAUGCUACGUCAUCAACUUAUCAAUCAAAAGCUGCACGGUACCUAGUCUUUGGAAGAUUGCAAAAAUUGUACCAAUCUAUAAAUCUGGAAACGCAAACUUGUUAGGAAACCAUCGACCUAUAUCAGUGUUGCCGGUAUUGUCAAAGCUCAUUGAAAAAGCUGUGCACAAGCAACUCCUGGACUAUCUUGAAGGAAAUAAUUUACUGAAUAAUUGCCAAUAUGGUUUCCGAAAACAUCGUCGUGGUUCAACUAAGUUAGCUGCUACGCUGCUGUGCGAUAAUAUACGUCGUGAGUUAGAUAGUGGAAAAUUUGUGGAAGCUGUUUACAUUGAUCUCAGUAAGGCCUUCGACACCAUUGGUCAUGGAAUAUUGCUGAACAAGUUGGAAUCUUACGGCGUUAUGGGCAACGAAUUAACCUGGUUUACCGAUUACCUGUUCAACAGAAAUCAAAUAGUUGAGAUCAAUAAUGUGCACUCCGAUAUGGAGCCUAUUUUCUGUGGCGUUCCCCAAGACCCAAUUCUUGGGCCUUUGCUGUUCAUAGUAUUUUUCAAUGAUAUUGCGGAUAGGAUACAGCAUUCAAAUGUGAUCACAUAUGCUGAUGAUACUGUUGUUUAUUAUUCAAGCAAUGAUGUGAACGCGAUUGAGGAUAUGCUAAAUCUGGAAAUGGAAAACAUUGGAAAAUACUGCAGGGAAAAUGAACUUUUACUAAACCUUAAAAAGGGCAAAACAGAAUCAAUGCUCUUCGGAACAUCUAAGAAGAUUAGUAAAUAUGGCAGAGAUCUUAAAAUCCAAUAUCAAAAUACUGAAAUAUCUUUUGUCAAGGAGUACGUUUACCUGGGUAACACUGUGGAUAGUCACCUACUUAUGAACACCAAUUUUGAUUGUGCGUACAAGAAGACAAGUGGUCGUCUCAGGUUGUUACAAAACGUCAGAAAGUAUUUAACAGUUGACGCAGCGUUGAAGAUCUUUAGGAUGAUAAUACUUCCUAUAUUAACUUAUAGCACCGUCAAAAUGACCAUCACAGAGAUACAAAAGGAAAAGUUAACUUCGCUUCAAAAACGAGCAAAGAGCAUCAUUGACGUCAUCGAAUGUGAAUUCUGCCUGCUUGUGAAGAGGUGUUUAGAACAGGAAAUACAUAAUCCAAUUUUUGACGAGUAUUUUACAAUGAUUAGUCAUGAAAAAGGAACAAGAAAUAACAAUUGCAUGUUAAGAUUACCUCGCGUGAAGCUGGAGGUAGCAAAGCAAAGUUUUUAUUUUGGCGGAGCGAAAUUAUACAGUGCUCUGCCAUUAGAUGAUCAGUACAAACUCUCGAAAAAUUCAGGAAAAGCUUGAAGGAAUUGUUUUAACAUUUUUAAUAUUCAUAUAUAUAUAUAUAUAUAUAUAUAUAUACAAACAACCACAAGGGAAGUGUAUAUAUUUAACAAUUGUACCAUGAGCUCGAAUCGUAUAUGAGCUGGUAUGGUUAUGCUGAUAUGGGCCAAUUCAAAAAAGGUUGUCCUUUAAAAAUCUUGAACCUUAAAUAUUGAGCGUGCAAGGUAUGAUGGUUAUUGCUUAUUUGGAACCUAUAAGAUGUAAAACUCUAAAUAGGAAGUUACCCAUUAUACCUUGGUCUUGGACGCUCAAUGUCUAAGGUUUAAGAUUUUUGAAUUACACUUAAACAAGGUGCAUUGCAUUCAGUAAUGUCUAACUUAAAUUCUGAAAAACGCCGUGUGCGUUUUCAUGUGCGUUUUCAUGCAAUAUUGAUCGAGAUAGCUGCAUUUAAACUUGAGUAAACAUUUUUGGAAGUGUCGUGAAUUACCCCAAAACGACCUAUUUCGAUGUUUUCAGCUGUUCUUGCCGUUCUCGGUCGACCACUUCGUCCUUUGUUGAGAAUGUGACAAGUCCCCUCUCGGAAAAACUUUCGAAUAACGUUUUCAUAACUGUUCGCACUCGAGCAAGAAGGUUACCACAGCGACCUGCCCAACGCCGUAUAACCUCACAAGCGUUAUUUACCCUUGCAUGUAUAUUCUAAACAAAUUCAAACCCUUUGGUCCUUCCUUAAACGAAGCAUAUUUAUAAAAAAAAACACGCGACGUUUCUUGGAACGUUAGAAAUCGAUUCCCCAGCGACAUUUAUAUUUAGAAUAGAGAAACUUUUAAUCAAAACUACAGCCUUAAGCUAAUUUUCAUGCAUUUUCAUGCAAAAGAAUACCCGUCCAAUAAAUAGAGAAUAAUACAUGCAUGGGUGCGCGGAAAUACCAGAUUUAUUUCUCGUGUUGAACAUGAUAUCUCAAGAGUGAGCGCAGCGAACGAGUGAGAUAUCAUGUUCAACACGAGAAAUAAAUCUGGUAUUUCCAAGCAUCCAUGUAUUUUUUUUGUUUAUUAUACUGUAUAAAGGACAGUCUUUGAAAAGCGAUAAUGUUUACAGAAAAGCCGUAAUUGAAAAGCGAUAAUUUUCACAUGUGAAAUUAUCAUAAAUAAUCUCAUAUGUGAGAUUAUCAGUUUUAUCAGUGCUCGAAAUUUCUAUAAAGCACUAUACUUUAUAUAAUAAAUAUUUUUAACUUCAACUUCGCUUUAUUGAAACGAAUGCUUACGAUAAAAUGGUAACGGUUAUCAAAUUAGUUUAAUAGGCCGUUUUUACGUGACUAAUUCUAGACACGUACUUCCAAACAUUUAAAGAUGUUAGAUGCGAAGCCAGGAUAGUUCAUAUUAAGAGUUUCAAACGUUCGCUGCAUGGUUCAAAUAUUUAUUUGGACGAGCUUUCGAAUAUUGCAUGAAAAGGCACAUGCAAUAUUCUAUGAAUAUUCGGUAUAUUCGAAUAUUAUACCUCACAAUGAGCUUGUCCAAUCAGAGAACUAAAUUUGUACCACAUGACCAUGGUAUUUUUCAGCGAAUACUAUGACCUAGGCAAUUUGAACCCUGGGUGUUUUACCCGGGGCCAUGGUAUUCGACUUCGAAUACCACGCUUGAGCGGGAAAUUCGACUUUUUUAAAUGUAAAGUUAUCAAAAGUUGUGUUUUGAAAUUAAAAGUUAAUUGAAUGGUAUUUGUUUUCUACUUAUUUUUGAAAGGUUCGGUAUAAUAUACCAUUUAUAGACCUUUCACUCGGGGUAUUCCACAAAAAAUUACCCUGCGGGAUGAAAUAUUCCUCGGGCUUCGCCCUCGGAAUAUUUCAUCCCUCAGGGUAAUUUUUUGUGGAAUACCCCGAGUGAAAGGUCUAUAACUGAUAAAUAUUGCAUGAGAAGGCACAUGGCGUAUAUCAACAUUUAAGUUAGACAAUAAUGAAUGCAAUGCUCUUUUAGAUUUUACGUUAUACUAAAUUAAACAGCAGAACUUUUUUUGCGCCACCAGGUAUAUAUGAAUGAAAUUAUGAAACAUUACGUAAGGGGCCAUUCACAAAGGAUGUCCGAGCCGAGGGGGGGGGAGGGGGGUUUGGAAAAUCAGGACAAACUCGGACAUAGGGGGGGAGGGGGGGUUUUUAGCAAUCCGGAUGUCCGAAAUUUAAAAAAAUUCAAAAACAAAUUUCUUUUUCCCUCUAUUUUGAGCAGUCCUUCCCAUUGUGAAAUUGGCAUUUUGACUAUGCGGUUAACACUAGAUUUUGUUUUAAUUAGUAAUUUAUAUAUUUUUGUGUUCACAUUUACAGUUAUAAAAAAGUUCUAAAAGUAAAUAAAGUUUUUUACUCUUGAUAUAUACAAGGUUGCGUGAGUUUUUGCGAGGCAGGGCGGAUGUCCGGGUGGAGGGGGGGGCGGGGGGUCACUAAUUCGGACAAUGCCGGACAAGGGGGGGAGGGGGGGGUCUGAAAAUCCAUCAUUUGGCCGGACAUCGUUUGUGAAUGGCCCCUAAUACAAUUUGCAGACACGAAUGUUUCGGCGUUCUAUAUACGCCUCAUCAGUGGCAGUGCAAAUAAUAUUAUGCAAUACCCACACGUUACUACCAUUUGCAAGCAACCGUCAACUGCAAACGUUUUUUCAACGUUUGUUUACGUUUCAAAUGUACGUUUGUAGGUCCCGCCCAUAUUUUUAACAUGCAUUAAGCGAGGUUUUCUAUCAAAUUUUCUUUCGAUUUUACACUGUUAAAUACAAUGUCAGUACAAGUCAAAGCUUUGCACCCACAGUCUGCUUUUGGUCGUUAAACUACACUUUAUUUGAUCUAAAACCUCCCUUUUUACAUGCAUUUUUUAAUUAAACGCCCCAUAUUGGGUGGGAUCUACUGUACAACGUGUAUAAAAGUAACGGCAAACGUGUACGUUUGAAACGUUGAGAAACGUUUGCAGUUGACGGUUGCUUGCAAAUAUUAGUAUUUUUAACCCACUGAUUGAACAUUACAAGCGCCCUUCCUAUGACCAGUCCCAGAAAUUUAACAAUGAUGGCCUAUAUAUUUUGCUGAAACUAUUAAUCUUUAACGAACAGACUAAAAGUGGAAAGAUCAGCAACAGCCAUAAAAUUGAAUAUCAAAACUCGUUUGAACCAAAAGGUAAGUUAUGUAUUCAGCCCCCUGUGAGUGACGUCACAACACAUUAUGUGGAAUGUUGUUUAAUGUUUGCCAUUUUGGAUGGUAUUUAUUUAAAACAAACACAUUGUCAAUUGGCAGUUAAAGCAGGACUGUUGUUGUUGAGAUUUUGUUUGAGAACUCGGUUACUCGGAGUAGCAUAUGAGUGGCCGUUUUCUUUUAAAUUCAAUUUAUGUUUGCCUCUCAGACACCAACUCUAGUAGCCUGCACAUAUAAUUCAUACACUUUUUCUGUUAUAAUAAUGCUAUUCUUUUUUCAGCACGUGUUGUCCUACGAAAGAUGGAAGAAUAUCUGCAGUUUUUGCCAAGUCCCCAACCGACCUUAGAGGUAAAUAGUGCAAAUGUUACAGCUUUUGAAUAAAUAUAUUUUUCAUACUGCAGACAAAAUGAUAUAUAAGGACUCCAUUUAAGCUACAAUCUUGGCAAAAAGUUAAUGAAACACCUAUAAAAAUAGAUAAAAUAAUCAAUAUAAUAGACAAAAUCCCGCCCCCGAACAAUGUUGGCAGUAGAGUCUAAAAAAUUGUGUUCAAUAGUUCAUCGAUGGCAGAGAGCUCUAUGUGUAGGUUUUUUACUCAUCUUAAAAUACUCAUUAAUAAUUCAUAAACCUUGUGGCAAAUCAUGUCAGCUAUAAUAUGUCACGUGGAGUGACUUUAUAUCUGAUAAAACUCAUCUUUAUUAGUAUUCUUUAUAUAAUUGUUGAUACUAAUUAGUAUGAUUAUAUAAUUGUUCAUCCUAAUUAGUAUCCUUUUGUAGUCGUAUUUUAAGCUAUUCAAAACACUCCUUGUCGUGUUUUAUCAGAUAUUUAUAAAACACUCCUCGUGUUUUAAAUAUUACUUCAAACACUCAUUAAUAAUUCAUAAGCUUAUUGGCAAAUCAUGUCAACCAUAAUAUGUCACGUGCAGUGGCUUUAAACCUGAUAAAACACUCCUAAUUAGUAUUCUUUAAAUAAAGAAUACUAAUAAGGCAGUAUCUAUUGUAGUCGUGCCCUCAUUAGUAUUCUUUAUAUAACGAAUACUAAUAAGGCAGUAUUUCUAUUGAAUUUGUAGUCGUGUUUGAAGCCGUUUAAUAAACUCGCAGGUCGUGUUUUAUUAGGUCUAAAGCCACUCGCGCUGCGCGCUCGUGGCUUUAAACCUAAUAAAACACUCCUGCUCGUUUAUUAAACAGUACUUCAAACACUCAUUAAUAAUUCACAAGCUUAUUGGCAAAUCAUGUCAACCAUAAUAUGUCACGUGCAGUGGCUUUAAACCUGAUAAAACACGUCGUGCCCUCAUUAGUAUUCUUUAUAUAAAGAAUACUAAUAAGGCAGUAUUUCUAUUGAAAGUUUGUAGUCGUGUUUGAAGCCGUUUAAUAAACUCGCAGGUCGUGUUUUAUUAGGUCUAAAGCCACUCGCGCUGCGCGCUCGUGAGUUGUGUCCUCAUUAGUUUUCUUUAUAUAAAGAAUACUGUCUAAUAGGCAGCAUAUCUAUUGAAUUUGUAGCCGUGUUUGAAGCCGUUUAAUUAACUCGCAGGUCGUGUUUUAUUAUGUCUAAAGCCACUCGCGCUUAGGCUUGGGCGGUUUUGCUUGAAAUCAAAACCGAAAAACCGUCUGAUUCUAAACCGGUAAAACCGGAAAACCGUUUUUUUCCGUUUAAUUUUUAUUUCAACUGAAUGAGGAAGAAUUGUGGUAUUUCUUUGACAUAAGCAAACGAACAGUCCAUGGCAAAACGCAACAUUCUGCAAAGGUAACCUAAAACAACUUCAGUUUUAAAAUAAAAGGGUCAAGAACGCAUUUGAAAACUUAUACCUCUUUAGUUCUUACCGACUUUGCGGAAAAGAAAUGAAUUUGUAUCUAGUGUCAUGUAAUUGAGUUUGAUUAGUGUCAUGUUUUGAGAAUUAAGAUCGAGUUUCAGGCGAUGACAGUAAACAAUUACGUAAUGACGGUUUUCCGGUUUUUGUAAAAGCUAAACCGAGAAAAACGGUUUGAAAAUAAAACCGAAAAAACCCGAAAAACCGGUAAACCGCCCAAGCCUAGUCGCGCUGCGCGCUCGUGUCUUUAAACAUAAUAAAACAUUCCUGCUCGUUUAUUAAACAGUACUUAAUCAACAUUGUAAGGGGGAAAGGGGAGAAGAAUAGAUUAAAUUGUUAAUCGUACUGGAUGUUUCAUUAGUUUUUGCCAGGAUUGUAGCCUAACUGGAUAUUUCUGUUAAAAUAUCGAAUAAAUGAAAUGAAAUUAAAUAAAGACAGACCAAUUAAAGAAGAGCCAUACAUCUGUAUUUAUAGCUGAUGCAGAAUAUCGUAAUUUUAAAUUAUGUUUUUAUACUUCUUUGGAACUAUAGGUUAUUCCCCCUUUCUUAGCCUCCUAGCUCGGUUGGCUAACACUGCAAUAUUUUCCUAACUGCCUCGUACUCAAACAGUUUUCCCAAUACGCUAUCGUAUUGAAGCAUUUAAUCGCCGUCAGUAUCUGCGUACUUAAGGCCGUUUUCCAGUUCAACCGUAUCGUCCCCAACGUCCCGUAACGUACAAUAGCAUUUUCUUUUGUGUCGAAGUCAUUAGUUCCACUCUAUAUAUAGUGCUCAAGGAAAUACGCUACGCUUCGAUACGGUUAUUGUGGAAAACGGCCUUAAACAGGGUGUCCAAUUUUAGCGUGCUCGUACGCGUUUAAUAUUGAUUGUAUUAAUAAAUAUUAGGGUUUUAGCUUUAGAAUAACACUUGUUGUGUUACUCCAUUCAAGAAUGGCCAAGUCCGAGGCGGUUAAACUUGCUGGUCGAAAUCACAAUUUCCCACCUUUGUGCAUGUUAAUUUAAGCAGUGCAUAACAAACGAAAAAGCAAAUAGUCACUAAUAUUUUACCAAACAAUUAAUAAGCUUAAAAAAGAAGUGGCAAAAUUAUCAACAGUUAUUUAAGUCUAUUAUUUGUUUUAUAAGAGGUUCCCGAAGGGGGGUUCUAUAUCCCAUUUUCUCAGCCCUUUUUUAGAUCAAAUCCCAGUCCCACUGUGAAAUUGAAAGAAAAUCCCAGAGCAGGUGGUUCAUCUAUUUGAUGACUUCUAAACACAAUUCUGCAUGCCUUCAAUUGCCCUCUUUAGAACUAUUUUUACCGAGAAAAAGGUAUAUGACUAAUAGUGGAGAAAAUGACCUCAUUGAGCCAUAAGCGAUUAAAUUCAGUUUCCCUGGAAUGUUUUUAGACAAAUUCUCUAUCACGAUUGCAUGCUCUGUAGCUGUGCUUAAAGUUAUUUCACUCUGGAAUGUCCAACUACAACUCUCUCUAUAAUAGUAUUUGGGUUUUCCCAUUCCCAUGUUUGUGUCUGUCAUUCCCAGUCCCAGUAACCCGUAUCCCAUUUCCCCAGUCCAAUAAUUCCCAUUUACCCCUUCAAGACCUUCUUAUUGAAUUGAAUUGAAUUUAUUUCCAAGUAUGCUUAUAGUACAUUACAUUUCCCGAGUUAUAUUAUUUAUUUAUGUUUACAUAUUUGGAAGAAGGACUAUAAUGAUUAUAAAAAAAAAUAAAAUGAUAUUAUAUGAUACAAAAGAGGAUAAUCAUUAGACAGUUGAGUUGCUGUGUCUAAGUGUAAAAUAUUAUCAAUAAACUGAUAUCUAUAACACAUGCGAACAUGCUGAAGUUGGUCAAGAUCGCUGUUUCUGAGAUACCCUGUUGUUGGUAUUUUAACACAAGAAUUUCAUUGUCUUUCAUUGAAUCUGGCUCAUCAUGGCCGCCGUUUCAUUAAUUCAAGAGAUUGGCUGCAAUUCACCUGCAUAUAGGCUAAUAGGUAGUUAGACUUAGACUAAAAAUUAAUAUUAAUUUUAAUCACGAUUAUAUUAUAUUAAUGUAUACAUGUACUAACCACAGCACCGGUGUAUAUAAAGUGGUUUAUCUUUAUCUACUUAUUUACUGUUACAAUAUGUCACUGAUUGCUUUAGGAGUAUCUUGAAUACACUGGUUUAGCUGAGCUCUUUCCUAGAGUAAUGUCGUACGUUGUUAAUCCAGAACUACCGAGCUUCUCUGGCCAAGAAUAUCACCUUGAAG